AUGGCCGGUACGAUUGUGAGAGCAGACGAGGAAAAGCUUGGGGAUUCGAAUCGCUUGAGGAGCCCGAACUUCAAAUCUGAGGAGACAUUCCACAUCCGCGGUCGACCCAUCCCGCCCAAGGCCAACCUCGACUUGAUGAAGCAAUGGAUGCAAUUUUGCGGUUCUGAGCACCACGAAUGUCGAACCCCGACUCUGACAGUGUCGAAGACGCAAAGCAUUCGCCUGAUUGAUGUUCAAGAACACAAGAUCAUCUUGACUUCCUCGGCAAAGGACUACGUGGCGCUGUCGUACGUAUGGGGUCCAACUACCGCUCCAUUACUAACCCGAGAAACUCUAUCACAAUAUUCUGCCACGAAUGGGCUCAAGGAUGCGAUCAUUCCUCGGACCAUAUCAGAUGCCAUGGGACUCGUGAGAGACCUCGGAACACGGUAUCUCUGGGUGGAUUCUCUCUGUAUCGUACAGGACGAUGAUGACGACAAGAAGCAACAGCUCCCGAUGAUGGGAAGCAUUUACAACUGUGCAGAACUUCUUAUUCUGGCGGCUACUGGCAGCGACGCCCACGCAGGACUCUACUCCACACAAAAUACCAAACGACGAGAGCCGCAACCGAUUGAGGAAGUCGACGGAAUUCCCUUUACCACGGCCCAACCACCAGCUCAGGAAACCUUGAUGUGGACUACUUGGAAUCGUCGAGGAUGGACAUUUCAAGAGGCGAUUCUCUCACGCCGUGUGCUAAUAUUUACAGACGGUCAAGUUUACUAG